AUGCAGUUGUACAUUAACUAUUUUUUUUAUUCCGAAUUUAUUUUAAGAAUAACAAAUGAUGCACGUGAAGAUGAAAUGGAGGAAAAUAUGGGUCAAGUAAACACAAUGAUCGGUAAUCUUCGAAAUAUGGCUUUGGAUAUGGGAUCCGAGUUAGAAAACCAAAACAGGCAAAUUGACCGAAUAAAUCGAAAGGGAGAAUCUAACGAAGCGCGAAUAGCAGUGGCGAAUCAACGUGCUCAUCAGUUACUCAAAUAAUUACUUUCCUCAUUAUUAUUUUUGUAAAUACAUAUCAUAAGUAUCAUAUGUGUGCAGAAUUAAAGUCGAUUUAAAAUUAAAAGGAUUAUAUAGCAGAGGACUGUUUUUAAAGAGCAUCAUAAGUCCUUACCAAAUGUAAAUGUCUCAAAUAUGGUAAGAGAUCUUUAACCAUUACACGCUUCAACUAAUUGUUUGUUAUUUAGAAAUAUAGAUAGUAUCUUGUGUAUUAUUUAACCCUAAUAUUUUGGAAUAAAUUUAAUUGUUAAAGUUUA